AUGUUCACCGUGGACACACUGGGUCGUAGAGAAGAUCCUGUGGCCAACCUGCCAAUGCCCCAGGCCGUGGAGCCCCAGGCCAUUGUGCAGUGGGCACCAGCCGCCAGUCGAAUGCAGAUGCCGCAGGGGAACCCACUGCUGCUGUCCCACAGCCUGCAGGAGCUGCUGGCCAGGGACACUGUGCAGGUGGAGCUCAUUCCGGAGAAGAAGGGCCUCUUCCUGAAGCAUGUGGAAUAUGAAGUUUCCAGCCAGCUGCGGAGUCAGCAGGGAUUGGGGGAUUCGCACAGAGCAGAGCCCACUCCCGUGUGGGAGAGGGUGGCCCCAGCCCAGCUCCAGCCGGACAGCACUACCAGGGGUUUGUUUGAAAAGCGUCAUGAGCAAAUGGUCCUGGGUAAAAGCGGCACAGUUUCCACUGUCGGAUAUAAGCACCAAGCCCUUCUCUUGCAGCUCUUCAAGUCCUCCGUGUACAGACGGUACAACGACUUCGUGGUCUUCCAGGAGAUGCUCCUGCACAAGUUCCCCUACCGGAUGGUGCCUGCCCUGCCACCCAAGAGGAUGCUGGGAGCUGACAGGGAGUUCAUCGAGGCCAGGAGGAGAGCUCUGAAGCGCUUUGUCAAUCUGGUGGCACGGCACCCCCUGUUCUCCGAGGAUGUGGUUCUCAAGCUCUUCCUGUCCUUCAGCGGCUCGGAUGUGCAGAACAAGUUAAGGGAAUCAGCACAGUGUGUUGGGGAUGAAUUCAUGAAUUGUCAGCUGGCUACCAGGGCCAAGGACUUCCUCCUACCUGGUAUCCAAGCUUAAUUUGCCAUUAGCCGGGAGCUGAUCUGGAAUAUCCACAACAGCUUUCACAAGCUUUGGGACAGGGCUGAGCAGAUCACGUCGAGGGCCAUCGACAAUGCGGCAGAUCUGAUAUUCGGGAAGGAGCUAAGUGCCAUAGGGUCUGACACGACCCCACUGCCCUCCUUGGCCGCUCUGAACAGCAGCACGUGGGGGUCCCUGAAGCAGGCUCUGAAAGGCCUGUCUGUGGAAUUCGCGCUGCUCGCUGACAAGGCUGCACAACAGGGUAAGCAGGAGGAGAAUGACGUGGUGGAGAAGCUGAACCUCUUCUUGGAUCUGCUGCAGUCGUAUAAGGACCUGUGUGAGCGGCGCGAGAAGGGUGUGCUGCACAAGCACCAGCGGGCCUUGCACAAAUACAGCCUGAUGACGAGGCAGAUGAUGAGCGCCGCCGUGCAGAACCGUGAGCCGGAGUCCUUGGAGCAGCUGGAGUCUCGCAUUGUGGAGCAGGAGAAUGCGAUUCAGACCAUGGAGCUGCGGAACUACUUCUCCCUGUACUGCCUGCACCAGGAGACGCAGCUCAUCCACGUCUACCUGCUCACCUCCCAUAUCCUCCAUGCCUUCCUGAACUCCCAGAUCCAAGGGCACAAGGAGAUGAGCAAGGUGUGGAACGAUCUGAGACCCAAGCUCAGCUGCCUCUUUGCGGGACCACACAGAGCCCUGCCCCCACCGCGUUCCCUGCUGAAGUCCCUGCCCUAGGACGGCCUGUGUCCUCACUAGUGCGAGGCUAAGGUGGUGCUCCCUGCGGCCACACUAAAACCUCUUUCCAAACGGUG